GCUUUUGAUGGCCGCGGCCCGUGUUAUUUAUGCACCUCCGUGCACCGCGUGCGCUGUUAGCGGGAGAAGAAGAAGAAGAAGAAGAAGAGCGCUCCUCCACCGCCGGUGGUGGAAGAAAGAAGAUGAUGUCGAGCGGUGGCUACACCUCCAUCGACAACCAGAAGGUCUCCGGAUCCGUGCCGGCCGUCUCCGGUACGGAUCACGUCACCGUCAAAUUCGCAGAUUCCAGUCUCCAGACGUUUCCGCCUGCUGAGGCCCAGGGCAAGAUCUCCGCCGUCUUCCGCCCCCCUUCCGAUGCCGACGGAUUUGGUUUCUUGAUAGAUACGUUCUCGAAGCCGGCACGGGGGAGCUCCGAUGAGUCGCAAAAGACGGAGUGGAUGCACAAGUUCACGGUGGGAGCUUACAAGCCGUACUUCGAUGUCGAUACGUCGGAUGUCUUAGAGAGGAUCAGAGACUCCCUCUUCCCUUUCAAAGGGAGUUUUACUGAGAAAACUGUUGACAAUCCGGACUUGUAUGGUCCAUUCUGGAUAUGCACCACUUUGAUAUUUGUAGCAGCGGCUAUUGGCACAUUUGUUACGUACCUGGCACACAAGUUGCGGAACAAAGAGUGGAACUAUGACAUUAACUUGGUUACAUGGUCUGCUGGUUUGUUUUAUGGCUAUGUUACCUUUGUUCCUCUUGGUCUGUACAUCAUUCUAAAGUACUUCUCAGCACCAUCUGGGCUUGUUCAACUGUGGUGUCUAUAUGGAUACUCUCUAUUCGUAUUCAUUCCUGCCUUGUGCCUCUCUAUUGUACCGGUAGAGAUCUUCAGAUGGGUGAUUGUUGGUGUUGCGGGGUUCAUGUCGGCAACUUUUGUUGCUCUUAAUCUCCGUACCCACAUUAAAUCAGCUGGCGAGAGAUGGUUUUUCAUUGUGGCUGGAAUAUUUUUGUUGCAAUUGGCCCUUGCUGUCAUACUGAAGCUCUACGUUUUUACAGUAACUGUAGGAGCAGAGUAGGGUUAGAUUCAUGAUAUUAUACAUACAGUAUUGAAAGAGAUCCAAAGAAGCGAGGAAUUCUUUUUUUUUCUUCUCCCUUUUUGCCCUGGUUGUAUUUUGUGUAUUAGUUCAAGCACACAGAACAUGCUUCUGCAAUCCAUUCGAAUUCUUUCAUCUCUACAUUUUAGUAACUUUGUCAGCUGGCCCUCGCUAGGCUGUCUUGUAUUAUAAGUGCACUACUCAUCUUGGAGGCAAAACGGUUACUCUUUUCUUGUUAA